GGGUCUUCACUGAGCAGCGAGUCGUCCCCCGUGUCCUCGCCAGCCACCAACCAUAGCUCCCCGGCCAGCACGCCCAAGCGCGUGCCCAUGGGCCCCAUCAUCGUCCCCCCUGGGGGCCACAGUGUGCCCAGCACGCCCCCGGUGGUGACGAUCGCCCCAACCAAGACCGUCAAUGGCGUCUGGAGGAGCGAGAGCCGGCAGCAGGACGCUGGCUCUCGGGGCGGCAGCGGUGGUCGGGAGCGCCUCAUCGUGGAGCCCCCGCUGCCCCAGGAGAAGGCGGGGGGCCCAGCCAUCCCCUCCCACCUGCUCAGCACCCCCUACCCUUUCGGCAUCUCCCCCAGCUCUGUGGUGCAGGACUCGCGCUUCCCACCGCUCAACCUCCAGCGGCCUGUGCACCACGUGGUGCCCCCGAGCACCGUGACCGAGGACUACCUGAGGAGCUUCCGGCCCUACCACACCACGGAGGACCUCCGCAUGUCCUCCCUGCCUCCCCUCGGCCUGGACCCCGCCGCCGCCGCCUACUACCACCCCAGCUACCUGGCCCCGCACCCCUUCCCCCACCCGGCCUUCAGGAUGGAUGACUCCUACUGCCUGUCAGCCCUGCGGUCCCCCUUCUACCCCAUCCCCACCCCCGGCUCCCUGCCCCCACUGCACCCGUCCGCUAUGCAUCUGCACCUCUCCGGGGUCCGCUACCCCCCCGAGCUCUCCCACUCGUCCCUGGCCGCGCUGCACUCGGAGCGGAUGUCCAGCCUCAGCGCCGAGAGGCUGCAGCUGGAUGAGGAGCUGAGGCGCGAGCGGGAGCGGGAAGCAGACCGCGAGCGGGAGAAGGAGCGCGAGCGGGAGCGGGAGAAGGAGCGCGAGCGGGAGAAGGAGCUGGAGCGCGAGCGGGAGAAGGAGCGCGAGCGGGAGCUGGAGCGCCAGCGGGAGCAGCGGGCCCGCGAGAAGGACCUGCUGGCGGCCAAGGCGCUGGAGCCGGCCUUCCUGCCUGUGGCCGAGCUGCACGGACUGCGGAGCCACGCCGCGGAGGAGCGGGGCAAGCCCUCGGAGCAGCUGACCCCGACGCGCGCAGGUAUUAAAGCUGAGUCUCGAGCAUCCGUGACCCCAGGACUGAAGAAGCGGGAGGUGGCUGUGUCUUUGGAGGAGUCCUGA